CCUUGGGAGGCUCUGGGACAUUUGAAAGUGAUUUGGAGGGAGCAAAGUCUGUGUCCGAUGGACACCCAACCCGAGGCAGCCUGUGUUGUGCAGGAGGCUCCCAGCCCAGGCAUGAAGCACCCUCCUUCAGAGGACUUUCCUCCUCAGAUAAGACUCUCUGAAAAGAUACCCCCGGUGAAGCCUUGCUUCAAGAAGAAGCAGCAAGUACAGAAGAGGCUGGACACAGAAACCCUCCGUGCUCUGCGGCCCAUCUUUACCAGUCUGCUGGGAGCUGGGACCCUGGGCAGGGUCUUUGUGGCCCGAGGCCAAAGUGGUGGUCACAGUGAUUUGUGUGAACCUGCUGUGAAGAAGGCUCUGGAGCUCAGUACCUCUUGUCCCCAAGCAGAAAAUAACGUGACUGUGCUGGUGCCAACAGCUCCAGAUGGGCAGAGUCAAUUGCCAGUAGCUGAUCCUUCCUCUGGGCAUCCUGAGCAGGACAAGGAGUCAGGAGAGCAAAGCUUCUCACUAGAAACUGCUGCUGGAACUGCUUCUGCUAACAGUAAUGAAUCAUUCCAGGAUCAUCCUUUGCACCCAGCUGCCGCUGAUGGUGCAGCUUGUCCUUUGUUCCCAGAUAAGAUUCUGGAAAGCUACACAUCUGGCUUGUUGCAAGAGAAUAGCUGCCCAGUGCAAUACAGUUUGAACCCAAGCAAUAAAUUCAGUGCUGGAAUCUUCCAGGAUAAAAGUGAAGAAGCUUCUCUUGAUCUGGUGUUUGAGCUGCUGAACCAGCUGCAGUAUCACACCCACCAGGAAGAGGGGAUCGAAAUCUGUGUGGAUUUUCUCCAGGGCACCUGUGUUUAUGGCAGUGACUGUCCCAAACAUCACACAGUCUUGCCUUAUCACUGGCAAGUGAGGAGGACAGCAACCCAGAGCUGGCAAAGUGUGACCAACGACUCCCAGGAGCAUCUGGAGAGGCUCUACUGCAACCCUGACAACGACAGGAUCAAAGUGAGAUAUGGGGGCCAUGAGUUCUGGGUGGAUCUGAACGCCAUGAAGCUGUAUGAGACUGGGGAGUUCGACCACAUGCGGCGCCUCUCCACCCCGGCCUGCUCCAGCUCCUCUUCCAACUACUACACAGUCUGGAAGUACUUCUGCAGGGACCACUUUGGCUGGAGAGAGUACUCUGAGCCUGUGGUGAGGCUGAUCGAGGCAGCCGUUGGCCGGGGGCUGAAGGAGGUUCGCUUCGUCACCUGGCACAACCAAUACAUCCUCAACGUCAGGGAUGGCUUCCAGCAGAAUGCCUGCUUCAGGAGAGAGAUCAAGAGGAGGCCUCUGCUCCGCUCCUGCGUGGUCCUGAUGCCCUUUCUGCAGACCUUAGGAGGUAGCUCUCCAGUCCCUCCUCCAGCAGCUGACCCAGCUUCAUCACAAGUCUUAUCUCCAACUGCCAUUACCUCUCCAAACUUCUAUCCUGAGACCUGGAUUAGUAUGGAUCCAGCUCAGGACUUCAUCCAAGUGCCUGUUCUGAGUGAGGACAAAAGCUACAGAACCAUUUAUAACCUGUUCCACAAGACUGUGCCAGAGACCAAAUACAAGAUCCUGAAGAUCCUGAGGGUGCAGAACCAAUUCCUGUGGGAGAAAUACAAAAGGAAAAAGGAGUACAUGUGCAAGAAGAUGAGUGGGCUGGAGAGGAUCCUGACAGAGAAGCACCUGUUCCACGGCACCUCGCAGGAGGUGGUGGACGGCAUCUGCAAGCACAACUUCGACCCGCGCCUCUGCGGCAAGCACGCCACCAUGUUUGGCCAGGGCAGCUACUUUGCCAGGAAGGCAAGUUACUCCCACAACUUCUCCAAGAGGUCACCCAAGGGCCUCCACUACAUGUUCUUGGCCAAAGUGCUGACGGGAAGGUACACAGUGGGCAACCACACCAUGAGGAGACCUCCGCCAGUCAACCCCGGCAGCGUCACCAGCGACCUCUACGACUCCUGCGUGGACAAUUUCUUUGAGCCUCAGAUCUUUGUCAUCUUCAACGAUGAUCAGAGCUACCCUUACUUCAUCAUUCAGUAUGAAGAAGUCAGCAACACUGUCUCCAUCUGAACCUCCUGCUACUGACUCCCUCUUCACAGAGUCUCACAGCGUUCGGUGGAACCACCAGCAGCCACCUCUUGGCCCUGGAGCUGAGGACUUGCUUGGGAAGAACUCAGCAGCUCUGAAGUGCCCCAUCCUGACUUGCUGGUUGAUGCUGUCUGUGCAAAGUGUAAAUAGGGAUUAUUUUUUUUUUUUCCUCUCUCCCCCCCCACUGUUUAUAGUUGACAAAUCUGUGCCUUUUGUUACCAGCCACCAGUUAUUUAUGGUAG